AUGGCGGUCAAAAACGGAUUGAGCGUUCCUCAGCUGUUGUGUGCUACUCGCGAUUGUGGGACCGCGCAGCACCUCGAGGGUGUUGGACAUUUCCCCGAACCACACAUCGAAAGGACAUCACCAAUGUUGCAGCCACCUCCAACCGACAUUCGAGAGAAAUUCCUGGCCACCGCCGUUGCCUCACAGUUUCCCAGACACUAUCACAGCACUUUCUCACACUCCAUCACUCAAACCCAACUGGACAAUAACUCGGGAUCCCUGCAGGGCCCGAUACCCAUACAAGCUCCCUACUUUCGUGCUCGCGAUCCUCCUCCGCUCAUUGCCUCACAGUAUGAAAGUACACCGCGGUCGUCCUACAGCCUGGUUCACCAAACGCGGCCGCCAUUAACACAAUGCGGUUGCCAACUAUAUCCCGCUGAUAAUUCUCUUCCUCCCUUGGAACAGGGUGGAUUGAGGAGGUCAUUAGCACGCUCAGGGGAUAUCGGGCUGCAUUCAAAGCAAAUAUCUCCACCGAUAAUGUCACAGACAGCAACAGAAUCGGCGCAAAGAUGGAGAGGUAUAAUUAAUGUCGAUAUGGAAUCCGGAUCACGGAAAGCGAUGGAGAUACGGCAAAAGAAUAGCCUCGCCUCUAAAAAGUUUCGCCAGCGCAAGAAGGUUCAGAAAGAGGAAAUGAAGAAGAUUAUCGAGAAAUUGACCGAAGAGCGUGAUCAUUUUCGGCAUUUAUGUCAUCAGUUGUUGGAGAAGGAGCAGGGAAGCAGAAUCAUCAAACACUCCGCCAAUAGGAAGACUAUGAAUAGAGGAAGCUCAAGCGGAAAAGAAGUGAUUCUUGCAGAAAUAACCGGCCCCAACUGGAAGCUUUCGGCAAGAAUAACUGAAUUUCCAAGGAAAAGAGCAGAAACUCCUUUCAUUUCGUUUGGUUACCAGUACUCUGCUGAGCCUUACUAG